AUGAUCGAGCAGCAGAAGCGGAAGGUCCCGGGCCCCGGGCCCGGCCCCGGCCCCGCUCCCGCUGCCCCCCCGGGCCCCGCCGCCCCCGGCACCGCCCCCGCGCCCGGCCCCGACCUCCCGCUCGUCCCCGUGCCCGCCAAGCGGCCCCGCCAUGACCUGCCGGGCGCGCCGGGCACGGGCGGGGCAGGGGGGCAGCCUCCGGCCGGAGCUCUGCUGCAGGCGGGCCCCCCGCGCUGCUCCUCGCUGCAGGCCCCCAUCAUGCUGCUGUCAGGACACGAGGGGGAGGUUUAUUGCUGCAAGUUCCACCCCAAUGGCAACACCCUGGCCUCGGCUGGCUUCGACAGGCUCAUCUUGCUCUGGAACGUCUACGGGGACUGCGACAACUUUGCCACCCUCAAGGGGCACAGUGGGGCCGUCAUGGAGCUGCACUACAACACGGAUGGCAGCAUGCUGUUCUCAGCAUCCACGGACAAAACCGUGGCCGUGUGGGACAGCGAGACGGGCGAGAGGGUGAAGAGGCUCAAGGGCCACACGUCCUUUGUCAACUCCUGCUACCCGGCCAGGAGGGGACCCCAGCUCGUCUGCACCGGCAGCGACGACGGCACCGUCAAGCUGUGGGAUAUCAGGAAAAAAGCUGCAGUCCAGACAUUCCAGAACACCUACCAGGUGCUGGCUGUCACCUUCAAUGACACCAGUGACCAGAUCAUCUCUGGUGGCAUCGACAAUGACAUCAAGGUGUGGGACCUGCGGCAGAACAAGCUCACCUACACCAUGCGGGGCCACGCCGACUCGGUGACGGGCCUGAGCCUCAGCUCUGAGGGCUCCUACCUGCUCUCCAACGCCAUGGACAACACAGUUCGGAUCUGGGACGUGAGGCCCUUCGCCCCCAAGGAGAGAUGUGUGAAGAUUUUCCAGGGAAAUGUCCAUAAUUUUGAAAAGAACCUUCUGAGGUGCUCCUGGUCCCCAGAUGGCAGUAAAAUUGCAGGGGGCUCUGCUGACAGGUUUGUGUACGUGUGGGACACCACGUCCAGGAGGAUCCUGUACAAACUGCCCGGCCACGCCGGCUCUGUCAACGAGCUGGCCUUCCACCCCGAGGAGCCCAUCAUUCUCUCUGCCUCCAGUGACAAGAGGCUCUACAUGGGGGAGAUCCAGUGAGGCCCAGGAGGGAUCCUGGAUGAUUCAGUUCCCGGUGGGGAGGUGACAGCAGCUGGGUGUGACAGCUGUCCCUGCUGUCCCCUCCCCUCCCUCUGCAGCUUUUCCACCUCCCCUUUCUCUGGGGAGACAGGAAAACUCGGGAUUUAGUUUUGGCUGUGCCACUGACCGUGAAACCCUUCUCCAGAUCCCUUCAAAUUGAGGGUUUUUGUUUCCUUCCCUGUCCCGUUUCUCGUGGGGUUUUUUUACUGUUAAAGCUGCCAUAAAUGGAUUUUUACACAG